GGCGAGCGGGGCCGCGGGUUAAAGCUUAUAUACAUAUAAAUUCAAACAAAAUUUCUCUAGCAAACUGAGUAUCAACAAACUCAAACUGCACUUACACUCAAACCAUCAAUCACUAGCUUUCAAACUGUUCAAAACAGCUGUUUUUGUUUACUGCGUGAUAUAUGUACAUACAUAUUUAUGAAAGCAUGUGUUAAUAAUUUCCAAAAUAAUCGAGAGGAGUGCGUUUAUAAAUUACUGGAAAUGUCAGAUCUUAAGAUACUUUUGGAGUUUAGUGCAGGUGCUGAACUGCUAUUUGGAAACAUUAAGAGCCGGCAAGUAACAUUGGCGGGCAAUGAAAAAUGGACUAUACGCAAACUGCUCAAGUGGAUGCACGCCAACAUUCUGACAGAGCGGCCAGAAUUAUUCAUUCAAGAUGAUUCAGUGCGGCCUGGCAUUUUGGUGCUAGUGAACGACACCGAUUGGGAAUUGCUUGGUGAACUAGAAUAUGAGAUACAACCUAAUGACAACAUUUUAUUCAUCUCCACUCUGCAUGGAGGGUAGAUACUGACUGCCACCUACGUUGCUGUAGUAUUUAUUUUAUUACAAUAUACUUUAACUUUUUUAUUAAAAUUA